UUAAAGCCUCGAGGCAGACGAACAUGGUUCCUAUCCUAGCUCUGAGUGACACUGGGCCUCUGGGCCUCUACAAAACGGAAAUAAGACUGAGUCUGUGACAUUGCUGGGACAAAGACUACGCAGAGCAUGGAUGCCAAGCCUGGCCCAUCCAUAGCCUCAGAGGCUUGAGGGAGGUUCCUCAUUGCUAUUUGUAUCCCGUUUGUUUCCUAUCAGUCCGUCCAGGGGUCAGCUCCAUCCCUCACCUUCACAGCUCCUCUGCCUCUAUGCCUGGUAUUUAUUUUAGAGGGACCUUAGUCCACGGAAGCUGUGUGUUGGUUUCACGCACGCACGCACGCACGCACGCACGCACGCACGCACGCACGCACGGCGGAGGGGGUCAGGGCUAUCUAGAGGUGUGUUUAGGAAAGCCUGGGCUCCUGACCCUGUGGCCUUUCUCUUAGUCCCGGCUGAAGGACGUUCUUAGGUUUCUCUGUUGAGGAAACAACUAGGCCUUAUGGACAGGAAAGAAAACACCCUGUCCAAACAGAAGCAUCCUGAGGAAUCGGCUGCCUGUGGGACAGAUGUCAGGAGCCCUGCAAGAGAAGUACCCCAUCCUAUCCUUGCUCACCCCCACCCCAGGACCUCCUAGGGGCAGGUCUAUGUGUGUGGCUAGCCCUCUCUGUGUGCCGGACCCCCAGCAGAAGGUUGUCACCCCCUCAGUCCUCUACAGGAAGCAGGCACACAUUAAGUACUCCUCUUGAACCCUGUGGGGCAGUCACAGCCCACCCGCAGAGCGCUGAAGGAGGUUUUUUUUUUUUUUUUUUUUUUUUUUAGAAGCCUGGGCAUUUUAAUGGGACCUCCUACUUCUACAAACACUUCUCUGCCGCCUCCCUUUGAACUCCUCCCCCCACCCCAUCUGAGUCUCCAGGUUUGGGGUCUGCACUCCAGCUCUAACAAUUGUUACUCCCUGGGGGCCAGGCCUUGGGGGAGGGAAAGGGACUGUGUACCUUUAAGGGGUUGGUCUGCCGGGAGCGCGAGGUUUGUUGGAAGCAGCUUUUUUUCGGGCCACUCAAGAUCCCAGAUUCUUCUGCUACUUCAGACCUGGACAGCCUGUGGCUUCAGCGUGUCGCAGUGGGGUCCCAAGCAUUUGAGUCGUCGAAGAGCCUCCUGGGGACGGUCCACGUGGCUUGGGUUGGCUGCGUUCCGGGGCUCUGUGCAUUUGCCCUUGGGCCCAGCCCCGUCCAAGACACCUUGGCACUGCCACCACCCUGGCCAGGAUGGGCCUGCUGUUCCUUGUCUUGCUGUUGACACUUUCCUGCGUCUUGGGACUGCCAUUCCACAACGGCUUCUACUAUUCCAGUGGCCUACAUAGCAGGACCCUGGGCAAUGGCUACUGGGAAGGCCUGUUCAACGGAGUGAAGUUGGUGGUGGAGACGACUGAGGAGUCUCUGUUCAGUCACCGAGGCGCCAGUGUGACCCUGCCCUGCCGCUACCACUAUGAGCCAGCCCUGGCGUCCCCGAGACACGUCGUGCGCGUGAAGUGGUGGAAGCUGUCCGAGAAUGGAUCCCCGGAGCGGGAUGUGCUAGUGGCCAUCGGCCAGAGGCACCGCUCCUUCGGGGACUACCAAGGGCGAGCACACCUGCGGCAGCACAGACCGCAAGAGGUGUCGCUGGAGCUCAGGGACCUGCGGCUGGAGGACUCUGGGCGCUACCGCUGCGAGGUCAUUGACGGGCUGGAGGACGAGAGUGGCCUGGUAGAGCUGGAGCUUCGGGGCGUGGUUUUUCCAUACCAGCCCCGCGAAGGGCGCUACCAGCUCAGCUUCCACGAGGCCCAACAGGCCUGCCGGGAGCAGGACGCGGUGGUGGCAUCCUUUGAGCAGCUCUUCCGUGCCUGGGAGGAAGGCCUGGACUGGUGCAACGCAGGCUGGCUGCAGGACGCCUCUGUGCAGUACCCUAUGACGCUGCCCCGGCAGCCCUGCGGAGGCCCCGGCCUGGCGCCUGGGGUUCGCAGCUACGGCCAGCGCCACCACCGCCUGCACCGCUAUGACGUGUUCUGCUUCGCGGCUGCCCUCAAGGGGUGGGUGUACUACCUGGAGCACCCGGAGAAGCUGACGCUGCUCGAAGCCAGGGAGGCCUGCCUGGAAGAUGGCGCACAGAUCUCUACGGUGGGCCAGCUCUUUGCUGCUUGGAAGUUCCGCGGCCUGGACCGCUGUGAUGCUGGCUGGCUGGCAGACGGAAGUGCCCGCUACCCCAUCGUGCACCCCCGUCCCAACUGCGGACCCUCCGAGCCUGGAGUACGGACAUUCGGGUUCCCAGACCCACGCACGCGCUAUGGCGUCUACUGUUACCGCCCGCGCUAGCAGGGUGGCUGGCUGUGCAUCCUCCUGUCCCCCGACUUCCUGGGUCAACUUCCCGACCCAAGGGUCCACCUUGACCCUUGUGGAUUGGGGCGUUGCGUGUGUUGUUUUUAUACGUCCCAACUUAAACAUUUAAAAAAGGUAUUAUUAUUUCUUACAGACCCAACUCUCAGUUCUCUUGGCAUCCCUCUCUGGGGCGUUUGAGGUCCAUUGGGUUUUAAAAGGCUCUGCCGUGUUCUGGUACCGCUGGCAUCCCUGAGGAAACCGGUGCCGAGCCUGAGCAGUGGCUGCAGCUCUCUCCUCUCCUUGGCUUAGAGGAGGCAGAAGGAUGAGUGUUGACUCUUUUUAAAUUUCUGCACAGAGUCCUUAGACUUUUGGAUGAGGGCUUAAGGAAGGGAGAACCUUCCCGAAUCCACCUUCCCGCAUCAUCUCCUGGUUCCUGAGUCGAGUAUCCUUCCCAUGUUCCCUGCUUGGGAGUGACCCUCUGGGUGUGUGUACCUUCUUUGGCCAAUAAAUGGUGCUAUGAUUCCCUUCUUUCCCUUCCA